AUGAAGCUAUCUUACAUUUGGACCGCUCCUGAGGUCAAUCCCAUUAACCGCAAAGCCCGCUCCAUACCCUUUCUAAACCCUCUUAAUGUCUAUGGACGUGUUUUCUUCUUCUCGUGGUUUGGCUUCAUGGUUGCCUUCUGGGCAUGGUAUACAUUUCCACCACUGCUGUCACACACCAUCAAAUCAAAUCUUGGGCUUUCACCAGCUCAGGUAGCCAACUCAAAUAUUGUAUCAUUAUGUGCUACACUACUCAUUCGGUUCAUUGCUGGAUCUCUUUGUGAUCAGUUUGGGCCUCGUUGGGUAUUCGCCGGCCUGCUUCUCAUCGGCUCUAUUCCACUCGGCCUGGCACCCCUCGUUCAUGAUGCCACCGGCCUAUAUGUCAGUCGGUUCUUCAUGGGUAUUCUUGGAGGCGCUUUCGUCCCUUGCAUGGUCUGGUCGACUGGCUUCUUCGACAAGAAUGUCGUAGGUACUGCCAACGCAUUGACCGGCGGGUGGGGAAAUGCUGGUGGAGGUAUAACCUACUUUAUCAUGCCGGCUGUCUUUGAUUCUCUCAAGGGACGUGGAUAUACUGACGGUCAGGCUUGGCGUAUCACCUUUAUCGUUCCAUUGAUCAUUGUCAUUGCCACGGCGCUGGGUAUGAUCGUGUUCUGCCCGGAUACUCCGACCGGCAAGUGGUCCGAAAGACACCUCCACGCCAACGUCAACCUUAACGCCCACGGUGUCGAGACUCCUACUGAUGGAGCGCGGACUCCGACGGGUGGUGUUGUUGAUGUCCCUGGGGUCGUUACCGAUAAGGACGAUGCGAAUGGCUAUCCGGUCAGCGAGGAAAAGGACAGUAAGGCAGUACCUAAACAUGGCUCCAACUGGGACCAUGAGGCAGCCAUGACAAAGGAGGAGAUGCGUGUGACGGCCAAGGGUGAAGUUGUGGCUAAGCCAUCAUUCGCAGAAGGCAUGCGAGUACUUUGCUGCCUUCAGACUGCUUUCCACGUUGCAACCUACUUUUGCUCAUUCGGCGGCGAGUUGGCCAUCAACUCCAUCCUGGGCGCAUACUACCUCAAGAAUUUCCCCUCCCUUGGCCAAACCAAGGCGUCCAACUGGGCUGCCAUGUUUGGCUUUCUCAAUUUUGUCACUCGGCCCCUCGGCGGCAUGGUCAGCGACUUGAUCUUUCGGGCGACAGGUCACAGCCUCUGGGGCAAAAAGAUUUGGAUCAUGGUGUGCGGGUGUCUGACGGGUAUCCUCCUCAUCGUCAUUGGGCGGGUAGACCCACACGAUCAGUCGACCAUGUUUGGCCUCAUUGCCCUCAUGGCCGUGUUUCUCGAAGCGGGUAACGGAGCCAACUUUUCGCUCGUACCACAUGUUCACCCGCAUGCCAACGGCUUUGUCUCGGGCACCACGGGCGCGGGCGGCAACCUCGGCGGCGUCGUGUUUGCCAUCAUCUUUCGCUUCAUGGAGAAUGGCACGGAUUACGCCAGGGCCUUUUGGAUCAUUGGCAUCAUGAUGAUUGCUUUGAAUCUUGUAUUUUCAUGGGUCAAGCCUCUACCAGCGGGCCAGAUUGGGGGCCGUUGA